CUCUCCAAGGUCUGCACUCUGCCCCUAGACACUGACAGAGCCAGAGUGGCCCCAGCCCUUCUCUCUGCCUGCCCUGAGCCCAGCAGUGCCAUGGGGAACUGUCUGCACCGGGUGGAGCCGUCCCUCUUGUCAGACGAGAACACAAGUGAGAAGGCAUUUGGAGACAUCUCAUGGAAUUAUACAGACUAUGAGAACAUCUCCUAUGACAACCUGGAAAACGCUGCCCCCUGCCACUCCUGUAAGCUGCUGGACAGCUCCUCGCUGCCCUUCUUCAUCCUGGCCAGCAUCCUGGGCAUCCUGGCCAGCACAGCUGUGCUCUUUGCACUUUUCAGGCCUCUCUUCCACUGGCACCUCUGCCCUGGCCGGCCCAUCCUGGCACAACUAGCUGUGGGCAGUGCCCUCUUCAGCAUCGUGGUGCCCAUCCUGGGGCCAGGACUAAGCAGCACCCCCAGCACCGCCCUGUGCAGACUGGGCUACUAUGUCUGGUAUGGCUCCGCCUUUGCCCAGGCUCUGCUGAUAGGGUGUCGUGCCUGUCUGGGCCCCAAACUGGGUGCAGGCCUGGUCCCAGGCCUCACACUGGGGUUUACUGUGGGACUUUGGGUAGCGGCCACCCUACUGGCAUUGCCGAUCACCCUGGGCAGUGGCACCGCCUAUGGAAUCUGCACCAUGAUAUCCAGCAGGGACUUGAAGGUUUUGCAUUGCAUACACACUGCUAUCUGUCUUGUCAUCUUUGUCUUACUGCCACUGGGUUUGCUAGGAGCCAAGGUGCUGAUGAAGGCGCCAAGCAGGGGGGUGGGCCCCAGGGUGGAUAUCCUCUGGGCCUGGUUCAUUUUCUGGUGGCCUCAUGGGGUGCUUCUGGGACUGGACUCCCUGGUGAGGUUCGGGCUCUGGCCACUGCCAAAUUGUGUGGCCCAGCGAGUUCUGGACAUGCUGCUGGACCUGGCCGAAGCCCUGGCGAUACUGCACUGUGUGGCUGCACCCCUGCUCCUGGCCCUGCUCUGCCGCCAGGUCACCCUCCCUGAAAGAUGGUCUUCUCAUCCGAACACCCUUGAGGAAAAAUCCUAGUUUUCUUCCCACCUGUCAACCUGAAUUAAAGUCUACAUUGCUUUGUGAAA